AUGGGGUGCCAAUGCUGUAGGAUGAUUAAAAGGUGAGUAGGAGCAUUUGUGUGUGUUUGUGUGUGUUUGUGUGUGUGUGUGUGUGUGUGUGUGUGUGCGCGUCAGGGUUUCCAUUAGACUGCUUUCGACAGAUAAAAAAAUAUGAAAAGCCGAUAAAUUGUUGCCGGCCAAAUUGACCGGGAGAAAAAACAAUCCCAUUGCAAAAUAAUGCUUUUUAUUCAUUGAUAGAAAUAUCUGUUGACGUAAAUUAAUUUGACCGACAUGCGUAUUGGUCUAUAGGUUAAUUAGCAACAUUUUUGAAUUAAAUUGGGGUGUGUGUAUUUUCGGUAGUCAUCAUGUAUGCAUGUAUCACAAGCGCACAGCAUACAGAGCCUGUUUUGAGCUAAAUAUCACUUGUCAGACACCGCUAGAACUGCUACUGCAGCACCUCAGCUCGUUGCUGCUGGAGUGAAAAGUGCUUUUGCACAACAAUUGUAAAUGCAAUCACGUGUUAAAAAUAGUUUUGAUGGCCACGAUUAAAAAGAGCUACUAUUUUUUUUUCUCAACUAGUAACUGAAGCAUGCCUGUCAUUCACCAUUCAAGUGCAUAGGUAACAGUAGGCAGGCUAUCAGCACGUCACCCACCACUUUGCAAUGUGAGCUAGAGGCAGUAUGCAUUUUGAAAACAUAUAUUUAAUUGUUUGAAACCUGAAUGUUUUACUACAUAUUAUGAGGCAUGUCUUACCUUGCUUCAAAGUAGCUUAGGCAAAAUCCAACAAUAGAAAUGUCAUAUGGCAUUGAAACCAGGAUUUCUCUCCUGUUCUCUUGGUUUUCAUAUCAAAUGUAUUUUUUGUCCAGAAGCCAAAGGCACAAUCCUAGUUGUUGCAUCUUUAGAUUCCCCCUCUUUCUAAGUUUCAAACUGAGAUUUUCAUUUCUGUCACAUAUGGAACCGCUCACAUCAGGUGUGCUGUUUAGAAUGGUGUUUUCCUAGAAUUACAUUUAGGCAAACAUUUCAUUAUAGGAGUUGCAUGUUCUGUUUAGAUGAAUUACCAUAAUUGAAAUGUGAUUUCUGUCAUCCUGAGCACGGUGGGCAGAUGCCAUAAUGGGUUAUGCACCCAAUGCAUAUGGGUCCGGUAAAUUUCUCAAAUGGCCGUUAAAUUAAAAUCUUCCUGGUCACGUUGUCCGGUGUCACAUUUUCCUAACGGAAACCCUGGUGUGGGUGUGCGUGCAUGAGGGCUUCUGAAGUUUGUCUGUAUUAACCCAUUGUAUUUAUGUUUGUGUGAGGAGAGGGGGAAGGUUUACAUAUUGACAACAGCUCUCCAUCUCUAAGCGAAGGUCACACUGCUAAACAAAAAAUGUAAGAUGGUUUUCAAAAUCCAGUCCUUAUUCUUACUGUCACGAGCUACAGCUACAGUAUUCCCUGUAUAGCCUUAUCUAUCCUAUUGAACCAGAUAGAUGUUCUGAAUGUCACUGUACAUUCUCCUCCCAUCCUAAUGAUUUCUUGCCUUCUGUUUCAUGUAGAUAGACAUUAUAAAGUGUCCCGACUCACAGUGACCUAUAACAUUGGCUUUCUGUAUAAACAUCGGGUCAAUAUGCCCAUACUCAUCUCAUCACCCUCCUCUCUCGGCUUACUUUGCUGUAAGUGUGAAUGUAAGAGGAAAGGGGGAAGGAGUAAUACUUUUUGAUUGAAUAUAAAUGAAAAGGGAUACACCGAUUCACAUACCGUAGUCUGUAAUCCCUCCAACACACACACACACACACACACACACACACACACACACACACACACACACACACGCCUCUCUUUCGCAUGUACAGGAAGGUAGAAAGACACACACACACACACACACAACCUCUCUGUUUCUCACACUUUAAAAUGCAUGUGCACACACACUCACACACACACACACCUCCCCUUAAUUAUUCUCAGUGUCACAUUUCUUGGCUUAGCCAUCUCCUGAGCGUAUUAAACGGAUUGGCUGGGUGGGACUGUACUGUAGGUUACUGGGUCAGUUCCCACUUUGGCUGCCUGCCCCCUCUCUCCAGUCUCUCACACCUUCUCAUACCUGAUCACAAAUCACACAGGACUCCUGUGAAAUCUAUCAAGGCUGUUUUAGAAGACCAAAUAGGUUACUACACCUCUUAUUGCUGAAACACUUGCCUAGAACCACUUCGAUUAGAAUAGUAGCUAGCAGUAGUAGAUGGAUAGAUUUUUGGUUUGCUUAAAAAACUUGCAGACAUCUGUAUGAUUUAUCCUCUAACUUUUUGCAUUCCUUUGUUCAGGGAAUUGAUUGCCUCUACUACCUGCAUUUCCUCUUUAGCAUUAGACUGGCACUUCUUUGUAUUGUAGUCACAUCCGGAGUGGUAUCUUGUGUGUUGUUGUGGCAUCUCAUCUAUAUAGUUAGCUCCACCAUGUUCACCCAAUCAGCCGAUUUACAUCACAGACAUUCUUCGGUGGCACAAGCUGAAAAUCCACAUCCUCUUUCCCCCUGCCUUGGCUAUCACAAUGAGACCCAAUUCCCCAGCUCUUAUUAGAAAGGAAAUACACUAUGUACAGUUGAAGUCGGAAGUUUACAUACACUUAGGUUGGAGUCAUUAAAACUAUUUUUCAACCACUCCACAAAUGUCUUGUUAACAAACUAUAGUUUUGGCAAAUCUACUUUGUGCAUGACACAAGUCAUUUUUCCAACAAUUGUUUACAGACAGAUUAUUUCACUUAUAAUUCACUGUAUCACAAUUCCAGUGGGUCAGAAGUUUACAUACACUAAGUUGACUGUGCCUUUAAACAGCUUGGAAAAUUCCAGAAAAUGAUGUCAUGGCUUUAUAAGCUUCUGAUAGGCUAAUUGACAUCAUUUGAGUUAAUUGGAGGUGUACAUGUGGAUGUAUUUCAAGGCUUACCUUCAAACUCAGUGCCUCUUUGCUUGACAUCAUGGGAAAAUGAAAAGAAAUUAGCCAAGACCUCAUCCUUGGCUGAUUUCUUGGGAGCAAUUUCCAAACGCCUGAAGGUACCAUGUUCACCUGUACAAACAAUAGUACGCAAGUAUAAACACCAUGGGACCACGCAGCCAUCAUACCGCUCAGGAAGGUGACGCGUUCUGUCUCCUAGAGAUGAACGUACUUUGGUGCGAAAAGUGCAAAUCAAUCCCAGAACAACAGCAAAGGACCUUGUGAAGAUGCUGGAGGAAACAGGUACAAAAGUAUCUAUAUCCACAGUAAAACGAGUCCUUUAUCGACACAACCUGAAAGGACGCUCAGCAAGGAAGAAGCCACUGCUCCAAAACCACCAUAACAAAAGCCAGACUACAGUUUGCAACUGCACAUGGGGACAAAGAUCGUACUUUUUGGAGAAAUGUCCUCUGGUCUGAUGGCCAUAAUGACCAUCGUUAUGUUUGGAGGAAAAAGGGGGUGCUUGCAAGCCGAAGAACACCAUCCCAACCGUGAAGAACGGGGGUGGCAGCAUCAUGCUGUGGGGGUGCUUCACUGCAGGAGGGACUGGUGCACUUCACAAAAUAGAUGGCAUCAUGAGGAAGGAAAAUUAUGUGGAUAUAGUGAAGCAACAUCUCAAGACAUCAGUCAGGAAGUUAAAGCUUGGUAGCAAAUGGGUCUUCCAAAUGGAUAAUGACCCCAAGCAUACUUCCAAAGUUGUGGCAAAAUGGCUUAAGGACAAAAAAGUCAAGGUAUUGGAGUGGCCAUCACAAAGCCCUGACCUCAAUCCUAUAGAAAAUGUGUGGGCCAGAACUGAAAAAGCGUAUGCGAGCAAGGAGGCCUACAAUCCUGACUCAGUUACACCAGCUCUGUCAGGAGGAAUGGGCCAAAAUUCACCCAACUUAUUUUGGGAAGCUUGUGGAAGGCUACCCGAAACGUUUGACCCAAGUUAAACAAUUUAAAGGCAAUGCUACCAAUACUUAAUUCAGUGUAUGUAAACGUCUGACCCACUGGGAAUGUGAUGAAAUAAAUAAAAGCUGAAAUAAAUCAUUCUCUCUACUAUUAUUCUUACAUUUCACAUUCUUAAAAUAAAGUGGUGAUCCUAACUGACCUAAGACAGGGCAUUUUUACUAGGAUUAAAUGUCAGGAAUUGUGAAAAACUGAGUUUAAAUGUAUUUGGCUAAGGUGUAUGUAAACUUCUGACUUCAACUGUAUCAGAAUAGGAACCGAUGGGGUUGCUUUUUCUAUUUAUUCACAGAAGACUCAUGCAAUACACUUGCCAAUUUGUCUGUUUUGUGAAGAAAUAGUAUUUGGGUUGUUAUUGGGGUUUUUUUGCUGGGAAUCCUACCUAAGCUUCUGUCUCACUUUUUGAAAGAAGCCUGAAAUUCCACCUUGGCAGACACAGCUGUAGCCUGAACUUGGAGGAAAGACAAAAUGGAAAACAUUAUUUUCUCAGUUUAUAAUUGUGAGGAGAGAGGGAGGGAGGGAGCAGGUAGAGGGAAGAAACUCAAGUGAAGGAUACAUUGGGGAGAGGACAAUUGUGGGGAGAGAGAAGAAAGAAAGAAAGAAAGAAAGAAAGAAAGAAAGAAAGAAAGAAAGAAAGAAAGAAAGAAAGAAAGAAAGAAAGAAAGAAAGAAAGAAAGAAAGAAAGAAAGAAAGAAAGAAAGAAAGAAGGGUGGGGGAAAACUUGAAGGAAGAUACUCGAGUGAGGGAAUGAGAAGAGGACUGGAGAGAGGGAGAGGUUGUGGAGGACAAUAUCAUACAGCGAGAGGAUGAGUGCUCAAACACAGAGAGGAGAGAGGGGUGAGGUUGAAGCGAGAGGGAGAGGUAAAGGGUUGAGGACAGACAAGCUGAGCAAGAGACACCACACUUUGAGGUGUGAGAUGGUGUGUGGGGGUUGUGUGAUUUGUGGGGUAUGAGGAGUGCUCAGGGAGUGCAUGGUGAAAGAGAGAGGGAGUGUGUGAUCAGCAUAAGGUGCUCACAGCUGGAAGUGUCUGACAGCCUGUUACAAAGUCCACAAAUAAAGGCCCCUAUCUAUACUGCCCCUGUACUAUCUGUGUUAGUGUUUACCUUUUUCACUCUCUGUCUCUCUGAUCUCUCUCUGUUGCUCUCUCUCUAUUUCUGUCGCUCUCUCUCUCUCUGUCAUUCUCUGUCUCCCUCUACCUCUAUUCUCUCUCCUCAGACACAGGGGCAUACAACAACAAAACAGAGAAAGGAGAAAUAUGCAUAACAUUUGUUUACAUCAGACAUUUUGAAAAAGACACUCAGGGGUACCUUUGCAUCAGCGUCCUCUGAACUAAUGUGGUCUCUUAUCUCAAACCCCUGUUAUUGUUCUUCACAGAUGUUUUUUCUAUUGCUGAUGCAUAUUUUAUCUUAAACAAAAGGUGUGUGUCCACUCCGUGUGUGUGUGUGUGUGUGGUGUGAGGUGUAUUGGUAGUGUCUUUCACUACUAGGAGAGGUGUCCUUGUUUUGACAGUGUGCAAGGGAGUGUGUGAGGGUGUUUAAUCGAUUCUCAGGCAAAGCUGACACCCUGAGACUACUGUGUCAAUGUGCCUAAAUAGCCUGCCUCUCGUAUUUCUUCUCUGUGUCUUAGAGAAACAAUGAAAGUCAUGCGUGACUGGUCCUUGGAAGUUGACAGUUCUCUAUAGAACACAGGGACUGUUGACAAGACGGGAAUAAUAACUAUUGUUAUUGAAUUGCUAUUUGAUUUAUUCACAUUUGUAAAUAAACGUGAACUGCUGAAUUAACUAAACAUGCUAUCUAUGUGUUUAUCUUUGUCUGUAUCUAAUGGUCUCCCUCUCCCCUUUCUCUAUCUCUCUCUAUCUCUUCCUCUCUUCUUCCCUCUCUCAGUUACAUCUAUGAUCCGACCGUUCCGGUGGAUGUCCACGGCAGGAAGAGGGACCCGGCAGAGAGCUCUCUCUACCGGCCCCACUACCUCCCAGCAGACGGUGUGGACCAGUCCAACACCAAGCAGAAGCAGGGCUUCCACAACCUGGGCUUCAGCAACAACAACAAGUACAACGAUGAAGGAGGUGGAGGACGAGGAGGAGGCCUCAAGCUGGAGAUCGACAACAACCAGAUCAACAAGCUUCACGCCGUGCCCGCCAACCCAGAGAGGGGGCAGGCAGUCAAGCCUUGGGCAGGGGAGGGUGGUGGUGGUCUGUAUAUCCUCCAUCCAGAGGGCCAGGUGCCAAGACAAGAUCCAUCUAAGGGCCCCAGCCAAGUCCCAAUCUACCCCAACACACUCUCCCUGGAUCAUAGUCACAAUCUGACCCACUUGGGUGACAAUGACUCCCACAAGAUUAGGAUGGUCCAAAAUGGCUUGGACGCCUCCAUAGGGGACCGGUCCGGAGUUGGGUGCUACACCUCGUUGACGGACGAGCUGGAUGAGGGGGUGGGGGGCACGCCUGAGUACCUGUGCGACACGGGGGACGAGGCGAGCGUCCUGUCUGCGGACAUUCCAACCAGUACGACUAGCCUGUCCUCGGCAGACACGAAGGAUGAUAGGAGGGCGCCGGACGCCACUACCGUAGAGAGUGGGAUCGGGAUCUCGGUAACGAAGAGCGACGAUCAGGGAGGGGAAGAAGAUGACGUGCAGAGCGUCACAGACUCUAUGGUGGCGGAAGCUCUGGGGGCUCUAGAGGCAGCGACCGCCGGGGAGGACUAUGAGGACUAA